UACUGACAAGUUUUGUAAUAUGUAAUGUUCAUUCGAAAGAGGAUAUAUAUGACUUGUUAUCAAGCAUAGGAUGUACGUCAUUCGGCAAUUUAUUACAGGGCACUGGAUAUAUGUACCGCCUCGGCGAUGACCAUUCAGGUCCAUACACAGUCUUUGCACCAAGUGAUGCAGCAAUUAAUAAUUUACCGCCAGAAAUUGUGAAAAUUUUUAAUUUUGGAAACUGGGAAUUGGCAUUUGACAUUGUGUCAUAUCACAUCACAAAAGACAUAUCUCUAUUGCCUUCACUACAAAAUAAUGGUCUUUAUGAUACGAUGUUAGAAAACAGUCAACUUCGAUUUAAUGUGUAUCCGAAGGGAAACUCAAAGGUUCACACUAUCUCUGGCGCAAAUAUAACGAGUCCAGAUAAUACUGCCACCAAUGGUGUUGUCCAUGUCAUUGACCGGAUGCUUUACAGAUUCCCCGAAGUUUACACGACUCAAUACGUACACGAACACCAAAAUCUUUCCAAGAUGUCACUAUUAAUUGAUAAAGGUGGUCUGCAUGAUCAACUGAAAGCACAGAACAUAACCAUGUUUGUUCCAAAUGACGAGGCGUUUGAUGCAGCUCCUAAUUUUAAUAUGACUAAUUUAUUAAUGAACGACACAGCUAUAGCUCAUUUUGUUUCGAGCUUGAUUGUCAACUCUGUCUAUUUCACUGCUGACCUAGUAAAUGGACAAGACUUGUUCACAUCUCAAGGCAGCAGAAUUAAAAUAAAUGUUAGUCCUGGAAAUAUAACAGUGAACGACAGUGGUAUUUCAAAGCCAGAUCUUAUCACAAAGAACGGAGUAGUGCAUGUCAUAAACAAACUAUUGUAGAAUGAAAUAAAUAUUCUGUGCAUCCUUUAAAACAUGA